AUGCGUUAUUACAAUUCUCCAAUGUUCUUAGUCAAACAUCUUCCCGUUCCGUCAUCUCAGUCUAACAAACCUUUGUUAUGCAUAGGACGUGAAUGGCAUUAUUUCCCAAGUAGGUUCUUUCUCCCGGGAGGCGCUGAGAACUGGCGCGUUGGAUUUGUUCAGUCUGCAUUUUCUGGUCAAUUGCCAGGUCAGUUCGCAAAACCAUCAAAUGGUGUUGUAUCAGACUCCACAAGGAUUGAUGGGAGUCAUUUCAACUCAGAGAAUCUCGAGGAGAUCGACAGAUUUGUUAAGGACGAGUCUAGUGAAUGCACUUAUAUGCUUGAUCGGGAUUCUCCCCCUGGUAAUCGAGAAAAAUUGUAUGUAGCGGACCGAAAGAUUUGGUUUUCUCUUGUUAAUCGAACUAUUCUUGACUCGAAUAAUUGCAGUCCAGAUGGUAAUUCCCUUGGUUUGAGUUUAAUAUUCCGUUGUCGACUUUUACGAACUUUUUAUGUCCCCAUUCUUUCAGAAAAAGUGAACCGGAAGAUUCAUAUUCACAUGCUUGCUCGUUAUGUUAAUGCACUGAUUGGAUAA